CUCUGCCCAUCGUCAUCGCACUCGUAAACCGGGCAUCGACUACAUCGCCAUGACAUCAUCUGCCAACCAUGGCAAUAAAUAGCAUGCACCGUUCGGAUGCAACUGAUGAUUCUAUACAGUACAGCCUGCUGAUGCCAUCAAUGUCAUCCAUUGGUGCCCUCUGGACUGCCUUUCUCUGCCGUCGUCCCCUGCCCCCCGCGCCACCCUCUUUUUUCUGCCGCAUCAACAGCCAUCGCAUCCCCACCAUGGCAGGAAUGGCUCAAUACAAUGGCUCGUCUCCUGAUCUAGGAGACACCAAUCCAUCUCCGCCCAAGUCCCCGGCUGAUGAAAGCGAAUGGUCCAAGCGUCCGCCUUACAGUAUCCGCUCCCCCGAGGAGUUUGGCCCUGUGAAGUGGCGCGGAAAAUGCCAGUGCGGCCAGGUGACAUACCAGCUCAGUCGCGACCGGCCCUUGAAGAGCAAGUUCUGUCAUUGUCGGGGCUGUCAAGUGAUGCAUGGCGCUCCGUUCCAAUGGGCGGCCAUCUUUCACAAGUCGGACCUCGCCUUCACUAGAGGGGCUGAGGGUUUGACAUUUUAUUCCUCCUCCGCUGGUACAAGGGAGUACACGUUACCCACCAAGGUGUAUUGUUCCUUCUGUCGCACCCCGAUCAUGGAUGAAGGACGGAAUGUCUGCUUGCUGUUCCCGCAGGCCAUUGAGAGUGCGGAUUAUGAUGGAGAUCGCAAGCACUGGAGAGAGGCAUUCGAAAUCGAUUGCCAUAUCUUCUACGGCAAGCGAGUCUUGGAGGUUCCCGAUGGAAAGCCCAAGUGGUCAGGACUCGAUGAGCAGAGCGAUCUUUUGGAUGAUGAGGGACGCAAGAAAGAAUGACUAGACAGGGGGUUCUCUGCCCAGCCGGAUGUAAAAUCCACACGACCUAGUUAGCAUCACGAAUCAUGAUCUGAU